AUGCUGUUUCCUAAUGUGCCGGGUGUGGCAUCUCUUCUCUCACUCUUCGCCGCAACCCUCAUCCUAAACACUCAAGCCCUAGCCAUCAAUACAAUAGCAAACCUCACAGACCGACAACCGCGUGUUUCCUACGGUCUAUACAUUCACCAUUGCUACGUUCCUGGAGUGGUAGCCCUAACCUUCGAUGACGGACCCUACAUUUACACAGAAGAACUCCUCGACAUACUCGCGCAGUACGGCGCCAAAGCGACCUUCUUUGUGAAUGGCCACAAUCUAGCUGGCAACGAAUGGCUCAUCCAGCGUGUUGUAAAUGAAGGCCACCAGCUAGCAUCGCACACAUGGGGCCAUACCGAUCUUACUGUUCUCAGCUAUGAUCAAAUCGUCGACCAAAUGACCCGACUCGAGUCUGCCUUUGUAGCAUCCGUCGGGGUAGUCCCUACCUACAUGAGGCCACCGUACCUCGCCGCCAAUGACUAUGUUCUGGGCGUCAUGGCUGAACUCGGCUACCAUGUCAUUGGUGCUAGUGUCGAUACCAAGGACUAUGAGAACGAUCAUCCUGAUCUGAUUGGACGUAGUGUGGCCAAGUUUAACCAGGAGCUAGAUCAGGGAGGAACGAUCGUCUUGUCGCAUGACAUUCACGAACAGACUGUGCGAACUCUGACACACAUCAUGCUGGAGGAAGUGUACGAACGAGGGUUGCAGCCUACAACUGUCGGAGGUUGUCUUGGUGACGACGCAUGGUACCGUUAG